GUUUCGCGGCACCGCGCAAGGCGCUUCCCCUCUCAUAUUCCCCGCCACUACAAAAUCCCAGGUGGAGAGAAAAGCCACGAGCAUAGCAUCUACCAAAGCCUGGAACUCGUCUUCCCCGGCCGUUCCCAAUCCCACAUGCCGUAGCCCGCAGCCCGCAGCCGGUAUCGUUUCCAGUUCCAGGAGAGGGGAGGGAAACCCACCCAAGGAGGCCAUGCUUCCGGGCGUGGAGCUCGCGCGGCGGCGCCGCGUGCACUACCACGGCGACGUCGUGGGCCUGGGUGGCGGCGACCACCACCCAAAGCUGGGGCCCUCGACGUCGCACGCGGCCACCGGCAUGGUCGGACCGGCGCUGGCGGCCCGUAAUCGGCUCCAGGAGAAGCUCCGCGGCGCCGCCUCGCGCUCCUCUUCCACCUCAUCCUCCUCGAGGUGGGGCUGGAGAACGCGAGAGCGAGAUAAUGGAGCAAGCUCCAGACAGCACAGCAUCCAGCAAGAGCAGCAGCAGCAGGACCUUGCAGUCGCAGCUAGCACGUUCAGGUCCCCCUGUCCGGUUCCAGCGAUGACGGCAACUACUAGCCGCCGUGCUGAGAUGAGGAGGACGCUGUCCAAAGCCGAUGUCUGCGCGGUGUGCCUCGAUGAGGUCCGGGAGAGGCAUCAGCGGGUGACGAGGCUGCCGUGCUCCCACAGGUACCACUCCGACUGCGUCCUCCCUUGGCUGGCCAUCCAACCGGACUGCCCCUGCUGCAGGACCCUCGUGCCUUCAGUGGAAACCCUCUCCUGAAACAGCAUGCUGUUUUUUGAAGUGCCAUCUUUCUUGGGCUAACAUAGCAGGUAGCAGCAUGUACUAACUUAACUGAGGACGGAACAGAGUUUUUCCUUUGACCUUUUCUGAUCAUAUUGGAAGUACAGAUGAUUUGCUAAUUAGUAAUCAGAUGGUUUGCAAAAACUUUGAUAUGUUGGGAUGUUUCUGCCCAUGGGAAAAUUAGUAUGAUACCUCUGAGAGUGAUAUAUUUCUGAAAAAUGCCGUCAGUUAAGGGACUUAGCAUGCUCGAGAGACUUGUCAGUUUCAGCAAAAUAAAGUCGGGUUUUAGUUUCAAUUUUAAAUGCAUAAAGAUCAAA